GGAAAAAAAAACAGCCCUCGGAAAAAUCCUUAUCAGUAUUGCAGAGCUCUGUUGCUACGGAAACGUGUUGAUUGGGAAGAGCAAGCAAGAUGGCGGCGCUCCGGCUCGAAACUUGCCAUGUCGCCUGUUCGGCCAACAGGACGCCCAACGUCGUGUCUUGGGGCCGCGGGGGGACGCUCGCAUUCGGGACGUGUAACUCCGUAGCCCUGUACGACCCCCAGGAAAGAAGAGUUUUGUCAAUGCUGAAUGGACACACAGGAAGAGUGAACGCAGUCCAAUGGGUCCAUAAGGAAGAUUGCGGUCCCGAGACCCACUUGGUCUCAGGAGGCUCGGACAGCCGUCUGCUGGUCUGGGCCGCUCAGAAUGGCAAGUUUGACCAGUCGGUGGAGUGUAAAGGCCACACGGGCGCCGUGUGCGCCGUGGACGCCAUCUACGCUGGCGCGAGUAUCCUGGCGGCCUCUGCGGCGGGGGACUCCAGCGUCCGGCUGUGGCUCUGCGGUGACGCUGAAGAGGCCGAGUGCCUCCACACGCUAACAUUUGGCGGCGGGUUCAUGAUGGACGUCUCCCUGGCCCUGCUGCCAGGCACCAAAGUUCCCGUUCUGGCCUGCGGGGGCGACGACUCUCGGGUCCACCUGUACGUACAAUCCCGGGAGAAGAAGCUGCGGAGAGUGAUGAUGCUGCAGGGACACGAAGACUGGGUGCGUGGUGUUGCCUGGACGUCCGCAGGUGGCGAGCUGCUGCUGGCCAGCUGCUCGCAGGACGGUCUCAUCCGAGUGUGGCGGCUCGGCGCCAAGCCCGGGAGCGCCGCCCGGGCCGGGGGCGAGCGGGACGACGGCGUCAUCAAAAUGAAAGAGGACCUUUUUCGAGUGGACGAGGAAGAAGAGGACGGAGCGUUCGCCGUGGCUCUGGAAACGGUUUUGACGGGACAUGAGAACUGGGUGUACGGCAUCCACUGGCAGCCACCCUCUUACAAGGGCGGCGAGCGGCAGCAGCGCCUCGGUCUGCUCUCAGCCUCCAUGGACAAAACCAUGAUUCUCUGGACCCCCGACCAGGCCUCCGGAGUCUGGAUGGAGCAGGUUCGUGUCGGGGAGGUGGGCGGCAACACGCUGGGUUUCUUCGGCUGCCAGAUGAGUCCGGACGCUUCCAUGAUCCUGGCUCACGCUUUCCACGGCGCGCUCCACCUGUGGAGCGAGGACGCCGACUCGGGCGUGUGGCGACCCGCCGCGGUGCUGUCGGGCCACUUCGACGCGGUCCAGGACCUGAGCUGGGACCCCGAGGGCGAGUUCGUGCUCAGCGUGAGCUCGGACCGGACGGCCCGACUCUUCACGCCGUGGAGGACGACGGCGGCGGGGGAGGAGACGCGCCCCAGCUGGCACGAGAUCUCGCGGCCGCAGAUCCACGGCUACGACGUGCGGUGUCUGGCCGCGCCGGGCCGCUUCCGGUUCGUGUCGGGCGCCGACGAGAAGGUCCUGCGCGUCUUCCGGGCGCCGCGCAAUUUCGUGGAGAACUUGGCUAACAUCUCGGCGACGUCCAGGGACCGGCUGCUGGCGUCCGGCGACUUCGCCGAGCUACCCGAAGGAGCCAGCGCGCCCGCGUUGGGCUUGUCCAACAAGGCCGUCUUUCAAGCCGAUCGCUCGUCAUCGAGCGAAGACGGAGACGAGAAGUUCAGCGGCGCCUCCGACCAAUAUCGCGAGUCCCACUUCCGCCCCAUCAACUUGACCGAACCUCCACCAGAGGAUCAUCUGCUGCAGAACACUCUCUGGCCCGAAGUCCAAAAACUGUACGGCCACGGAUUCGAGAUGUUCUGCCUGGCGACCGACCGCGGCGGGACGCUGGUGGCGUCGGCGUGCAAGAAACAAGGAUGGUGUUUUUUGAGGGGCGUUAACGGCGUUCGCGUCGCUUUGCGGCAGGCGGCCAAGGCGGAGCACGCGUCGGUGCUGCUGUGGAGCGCGGCCACGUGGCGCCGCCUGCAGGCGCUGCCGUGCCACGCGCUGACCGUCACGCAGAUGGCGUUCUCGCCCGACGCCGCCGCGCUCUUGCUCGUCUCCAGAGACCGCACCUGGUCUCUCUGGCGCCGACGACAGGCCGCCCCAGAGCCCGAGUAUGGUUUGUACGCGCGCACCACGAAGGACACGUCUGUGCACAGCCGCAUCAUCUGGUCAUGUGACUGGAGUCCCGACGGCACGUACUUCGCGACGGCCGGUCGCGACAAGAAGGUGAUCGUGUGGGGACCGUGCGCACAGGACCAGCGCGAGGACUCCGAGGUGAAGCCGUGUUCCUCCAUCUUGGAUGUGGGCGAUUCCGCGACGGCCGUGGCGUUCUGCCCUCGACUCAAUUCGGACGAAAGUUACCUGCUGGCCGUGGGACUCGAGUGCGGUCGGAUGAUUUUGUUCGGGUGGAGGCCCGGCGGAGAUCCCGCCGGGGGGCAAGACUGGAUCAGAUACGGAGGAACAGACCGAUCGCAAAGUCACACCCGUGCCGUCAAGAGGCUGCGCUGGCGGCCUCGCGCGGGUCGGGCCGGCCGGGCCGGCGCCCCGGACGACGGCGCCUGGCUGCAGCUGGCCAGCGCCGGCGCCGACCACGCCGUCAAAAUCUUCGACGUCAACACGGAGGCUCUUUAGCGCCGCCUGCCGUCGCCCUCGUGCGCAGAGAACUACGAGAAAUCGUGUUGCUUUUGUAUUUACGGUGACCAAUAAACAAAAUGUUGUUUUUA